ACAAAUGGACAUUUGAAUGUGCUGUUGAAAAACACUUGCAAGCAUGGAGACCUCAUCAAUGCUGUCCUCAUUGAAUGAUGAGUGUAAAUCAGACAAUUACAUUGAGCCUCACUAUAAGGAAUGGUAUCGAGUAGCCAUCGAUUUGCUGAUUGAACAUGGGUUAGAAGCAUACCAAGAAUUUCUUGCCAAGGAACGAGUAUCGGACUUUUUAGCUGAGGAAGAAAUUAAUUAUAUUUUGAAAAACGUCCAGAAAGUUGCACAUAGUACAUCACAUGGUACCGAUAAUACUGAUAAUUCCUGCGAUGAUACCUCAUCUUCCGGGACUUACUGGCCCAUUGAGUCUGAUGUGGAAGCUCCAAAUCUUGAUUUAGGCUGGCCGUAUGUGAUGCCUGGACUCUUAGGAGGAACCCACAUAGACCUCCUCUUUCAUCCACCAAGAGCACAGCUACUGACAAUUAAGGAAACAAUUCGGAAGAUGAUAAAAGAAGCAAGAAAGGUCAUUGCUUUAGUGAUGGAUAUGUUUACAGAUGUGGACAUUUUUAAAGAAAUAGUGGAAGCAUCAACUCGAGGGAUAUCUAUAUAUGUUCUGCUCGAUGAAUCCAACUUUAAUCAUUUCCUAAACAUGACUGAGAAACAGGGUUGUCAAGUUCAACGUCUCAGGAAUAUUCGAGUGCGGACAGUAAAAGGCCAAGAUUAUCUUUCAAAAACGGGAGCAAAAUUUCAUGGAAAACUGGAACAGAAAUUUUUGUUAAUUGAUUGCCAGAAAGUUAUGUACGGUUCUUACAGCUACAUGUGGUCAUUUGAAAAAGCUCACCUCAGCAUGGUUCAGAUAAUCACAGGACAACUUGUUGAGUCCUUUGAUGAAGAAUUUAGAACUCUCUAUGCCAGAUCAUGUGUCCCCAUUUCAUUCGCACAGGAAGAAUCAGCAAGGGUGAAACAGAGCAAAGCUCUCUGGGAGAAUGGAACUUACUACUACCAGCGCUCAGUUUCUUCAUUAGCUUCUGUUUCCAGCCAAAGAAACCUUAUUGGGAGACAAGACAAAAUUCAUAAACUAGAUCCUAAUUACUUCAAAAACAGAGGGAUAUAUACUCGAAAUGAACAUGACAAAUAUAACAUAAGAAAUCAUGGAUACAAACCUCAUUUUGCUCCAAACUUUAAUGGUCCAAAUACAAUCCGUCCAUAUCAACCCAGUCAGAUAAGUGAAAAUUGGAAGAGGCAUAGUUAUGCUGGGGAACAGCCAGAAACAGCACCAUACCAACUGUUGAACAGGGCUCUGAAUCGACCCAUCAAUCCUCCCGGUAAUUGGAAAAAGCCUUCAGAUAGUCUUAGUGUGGCAUCCUCAUCACGGGGAGGCUAUGCAAGCCACCAAAACACACCUGCCCAGAGUUUUGCCAAUCGGCUUGCCCAGAGGAAAACAACACAACUUGCAGAAAGGAAUUCAAAUAUGCGGAGGUCUUUUAAUGGGACAGAUAAUCAUAUUCGCUUUUUGCAACAGCGAAUGCCAACCUUUGAAAAUACCACAAAAUCGUUCUUACGUAACUGGAGAAUUGAAUCCUACUUAAAUGAUCAUUCAGAAGCUGCACCUGAUUCAAAUGGAUCGGCUCUAGGUGACCGGUUUGAGAGCUAUGAUAGUUCUGAGAAUUUGAAAGCCAAUGCUCUUUAUACACAUUCACGGCUUCGCUCCUCUUUUGUGUUUAAACCAACUUUACCUGAGCAGCAGGAAGUUAACAGUUGUACCGAUGGCUCCUCCAAUUCAACUAUCAUUGGUUCCCAGGGGAGUGACACACCUAAAGAGGUCCCAGACACCCCUACGAGUGAAGAGCAUUUGACAGACAAACCGUUGCCAGAAUCAAUCCCCAAGCUGCCAUCACAAUCGGAGACACCAAAAAUGCACACCUUGCAGGUUCCCGAAGAACACGCAGCAGUCUUAAAGCAAACCACCAGUGGCCAUACAGAGUCAAACAACUAUCUGUAUACAAAUUUGUGUGUAAAUAAGCAGACAGAAAAUCUAAAAAAUCAACAAAAUGAGAAUCUACUUAAAAGGAGAAGUUUCCCACUCUUUGACCACUCAAAAACCAAUUUAGAUCAUGGGAAUAGUAAGCAUUAUGUAUAUAGUACACUUACCAGAAAUCGAAUUAGACAACCAGAAAAACCCAAAGAAGAUUUGCUGAAAAGUUCUAAAAGCAUGCACAAUGUGACCAAUAGCGAGGAAGAGGAGGAGGUUAUCAAGAGGGACCCUCCGAGUGGCACUACUACCAAGUCAGUUUCCAUUGCUGCUUUGCUUGAUGUGAAUAAAGAGGAACCUAACAAAGAACUCACUUCAAAGAAGGAAAUUAAGGGUUCCCCGAGCUUUUUGAAAAAGGGGUCUCAGAAAUUAAGGUCAUUACUUAGCCUUACUCCAGAAAAGAAAGAAAAUCUGUCCAAAAAUAAAGGAUCUGCAUUUUACAGAAUGUGUAGUAGUUCUGACACUUUAGUUUCUGAGACUGAAGAAAAUCCAAAACCAAAAAAGUCAGAGCCAAAAGUUGAUUCAUCUCCUAGGAGAAAACGUUCUUCCUCAUCAAACUCUCAAAGCAGCAUUCACAAGAGUAAGGAAGAUGUAGCAGUUAGCUCAUCCCAGGGGAUAAAUUCUCCAUCUGAUGAAAGUAAUAGAAUAAUACCUUCUCCAAGUCCAGUUGAAAGGAAAUUCUUGGAAAGGGCAGGGGAUGCCUCUGCCCCAAGAUUUAACACCGAACAAAUCCAAUACCGAGAUUCGAAGGAGUUUAAUGCAGUUGGUGCUCCUGAAAGAAAACCAGUUUCUUCUCCAAGAUCAAAGCCCAAUGAGCUUCUAAGAUCUCAGUCAACUGACCGGCGCAUUUAUAGUCGUUUUGAGCCAUUUUGUAAGAUCGAGAACUCUAUUCACCCAGUGAGCAACAUGCCAAAUACCAGUAUACACCGCCCAGAAAUAAAAUCCACGACUAUGGGCAAUAGUUAUGGUAGGUCCAGCCCAAUGCUUAAUUAUAACACUAAUGUUUAUCACUCAUAUCAGCCAAAUGAAAACAAGUUUCGAGGAUUUAUGCAGAAGUUUGGAAACUUCAUACACAAAAAUAAAUGAAAUACUAUAACUGCAAAUAGAUAUUAAAAUGCAAAAUGAAUGUGGCUAUAGAUAUUUAUCCAGAGAACAUUGUGGAUAGUUUUUAUAACAUGACAGUGAAUUUCUGUAGGGGCAGAAUGUUGGUUAUGAUGUAUAUGUUUACCAACAUACUAUGUACU